UCCGCCCACAUCCCAAGGCAGCCCUAAAUGUGGCGCCACGCAGUCUCGGCUUCAGUGUGGGUGACUGCGAAAUGGGUGUAACUAUGAGGGAUCCCUGCGAGAAUUCUGCAGAGAAUGAACAGGAGGAAGAAGCGAAGGCGGCCGCUGGGGAUUUUGCAGAGGUCGCGGAGUCCGAGAAGGACUCGGAUGCAGAUUCCGACUCUGACCUGGAGACAGGAAGUGUCUCCGGCACCCGUGGACUUGGAGAAGUGGUCAAGGAUACCCCCUACCGGAGGUUUUGCGAGGCCUUUAAUGUUGUCCCUGCCUCCUGCAUUCUGCGCCAAGAGAAUGCUUCAGAGUUGAGCCUGCAGCACCGUGGCCUGGGGCCCCAGGGGGCCCGGGCUCUGGCUUCCACAUUGACCUCCAAUCCCUACAUCAAGCGACUGGAUCUUCGGGACAAUGGGCUCUGUGGGGCUGGUGCAGAGGCCCUGGCAGAUGUCCUGAGUAAAAACAGCAUCAUCUCUGAUGUGGACCUGUCGGAGAACCAGCUUGGAGCACCAGGGGUCCAGGCCCUCUGUGCCGCCCUCGCAGUGAACCAGGUAGUGCAGAAGAUGCAGCUGUCAGGGAAUGGCCUGGAAGAGCAGGCAGCCAAGUACCUUGCUGAUCUCCUGCUGGUCCGUACGGGUCUGAAAUCCCUGGAUCUCAGCUAUAACCAGCUAAAUGACCAAGCAGGAGAGACCCUUGGACCAGCACUGGCAGAAAACACAGGACUCACAGAACUUAACAUAAGCUGGAAUCACCUCCGAGGCCCAGGAGCUGUAGCGUUUGCCAGGGGAUUGGAGGCAAACAUCUUCCUGAAAGUCCUGGACAUCUCUUACAAUGGCUUUGGAGACCCUGGAGCCUUGGCUGUGGCUGAGGCCCUGAAGACCAACAAUGUAUUGGAGGAACUCAACAUGAGCAAUAACCGCAUCUCCGCAGAGGGAGCGCUGAGCCUGGGGCGGGGCCUCCGGGACAAUCAGACCCUGAGGAUUCUUGUUGUAUCCAGGAAUCCCAUGCAAAGUGAAGGCUGCUUCGGUCUCCUCAAGUCUGUCCAGGACAACCCAGCAUCUGCCCUAGAACUGCUGGAUAUCUCUGACACUGAAGUAAACAGAAAGUUUGACGACCUUGCUAGCUCGGUGAAGGUAAUUCUUCCAGGGCUGCACAUAAAGAACGGUGCUCACAGAGUGGAGUACAACGAGUUGUUGCCAGUCUUCGGACAGCGCCCACCAGCAUCUGCACCUAAAGGACUUUGGACUGUGGCUUCCUCGUGUCCUCUAGGCCCGCCCUAAAGUUGUUGGAGCCAAUGGCAGUCGCGUAGACGAUGAGCCAAUCAGGAUGCGGCGUACUGCGUGGC